AAACAUACAAGGUAGAUUUUUUUUACUUAAACCUUCUAAUUUAGAACAAAAUUACAAUAACACAAAGCCACACAAAGAUAUUAUUCAAACCAAGACAGACAUAUAUAGCUAAAUACAGUGGGGCAUAUAUGAUGGAUUGAUUAAUUUGAUUAAAAUCAUUGAUGGAAUUAGCAUCCAUUAAUCAUCAUUAUUAAUUAUUAACAACAUGUCAGCAACCUUAAACUUAUGGUAAGCAUGUUUGAAAGUGUGUUAAAACGGUGAGCACAGAAACCAAGGAGAAAAAAAGUUAGAAAGAGUGUGAAACAAAACAUGAUAAAUAGAGAAUGGAGGACAAAUACCAAAGAACAGAACAAAACAGUGCAAGACAUUAAAACUAAGGAACUCUUUGUGGAUUUUUAUGAUCAAAUUUUCAAAGCUAUUUUCCUCUCAACUUAAAGUUUCUUUCAAAAGUUUCUACUUUUGGGCUAUAUGUUCACAAACACCAUCUUCUAGUACUACAUCUCAACUCAUCAUUCUUGUUUGAAAAAUUGAAACUUUACACACUCUCUCCAAAAUGGUAGACAAAGAAGUGAAAGAAGAACACAAACCAAUCAUUGAAUGGAAGAAACAAAAGGGUGGAUUUAGAGCUUCCAUGUUCAUCUUUGUUUUGUCAGCAUUGGAUAACAUGGGUUUUGUGACAAACAUGGUGAGCUUAGUUCUAUACUUUUAUGGUGUGAUGCACUUUGAUCUUUCAAGCUCUGCAAAUACUCUGACAAAUUUCAUGGGCUCAACUUUCUUGCUCUCCCUUGUUGGUGCUUUCAUCUCAGAUACUUACCUCAACAGAUUAACCACAUGUUUGCUUUUUGGAUCACUAGAAGUUAUUGCUUUGGUAAUGAUCACAAUUCAAGCUGCAUUAGACAAACUACACCCUGAAGCAUGUGGUAAAUCAAGCUGUGUAAAAGGAGGUAUAGCUGUGAUGUUUUACACAUCAUUGUGUUUAUAUGCUUUGGGUAUGGGUGGAGUAAGAGGUUCAAUGACAGCAUUUGGUGCUGAUCAAUUUGAUGAAAAGGAACCAAAUGAAGCAAAAGCACUUGCAACUUUUUUUAAUUGGCUUUUACUUAGUUCAACUUUAGGUUCAGUUAUUGGUGUUACUGGUGUUGUUUGGGUUAGCACACAAAAAGCUUGGCAUUGGGGAUUUUUAAUCAUCACAGUUUGUUCUUCAAUUGGUUUUGUAACACUUGCUCUUGGUAAAUCAUUCUACCGUAUCAGAGUUCCCGGUGAAAGCCCUAUUUUAAGGAUUGUCCAGGUUAUUGUUGUGGCUUUUAAGAACAGAAAACUACCACUACCAGAGACUAAUGAACAACUUUAUGAAGUGUAUAAAGAUGCUACUACUUUAGAGAAGAUUGCACAUACAAAUCAAAUGAGGUUUCUAGAUAAAGCAGCAAUUCUUCAAGAAAACACUGAACCUCAAAAACCAUGGAAGGUUUGCACAGUUACACAAGUUGAAGAAGUAAAAAUCCUAACAAGAAUGUUACCUAUCUUAGCCAGUACAAUUGUAAUGAACACAUGUUUAGCACAACUUCAAACAUUCUCAGUUCAACAAGGGAACUCAAUGAACCUUAAACUUGGUUCCUUCACAGUACCUGCAUCAUCCAUUCCUGUUAUCCCUCUUAUUUUCUUAUGCACAUUGAUACCAAUUUAUGAACUUUUCUUUGUACCAUUUGCAAGAAAAAUCACUCAUCACCCUUCAGGUGUUACACAGCUUCAAAGGGUCGGUGUUGGAUUAGUACUCUCUUCGAUUUCAAUGACUAUAGCUGGUAUCAUUGAAGUUAAAAGAAGAAACCAAGGAUUAAAAGACCCUUCAAAACCAAUAAGCCUAUUUUGGUUAUCUUUUCAAUAUGCUAUAUUUGGUAUUGCAGACAUGUUCACUCUUGUUGGACUAUUAGAAUUCUUCUACAGAGAAGCACCUUCAACCAUGAAAUCACUUUCAACUUCAUUCACAUUUUUAUCUAUGUCACUUGGUUACUUCUUAAGUACAGUUUUUGUUAAUGUUAUUAAUGCUGUUACUAAAAGGAUUACACCAAGUAAACAAGGUUGGUUACAUGGUUUUGAUUUAAAUCAAAACAAUCUAAACUUGUUUUAUUGGUUCUUAGCUAUCUUAAGCUGUCUUAAUUUCUUUAACUUUGUUUAUUGGGCCUCUUGGUACAAGUACAAAUCAGAAGAUAGUAACAACAGUUCAAUGGUAAUCACAAAGGAAUUAUUAGGUGAAACACCUCUAUUAAUGGUUGGUGAAAGAAAACAUGAUGAUGAAGAUAAAGAAGAAGAUGAAGACAAGAAAUAUGAUCAUAAAGUUAAGGCCAAAGAAAGUAGCCAAACUAGUGAAGCCAAUACUGAGGGACCCUCUUCUUCUGAUGAAACAGAUGAUGGACAAAAGAAAGAAAGAAACAGUAGAGAAUGGAAGCAUAGAUAAUAAUGAUAAUAAUAAGGUUACAAAAAUGUUCUAAGAUAUGAUUUGAUGUUUAAGGAAAAUAGUAGGUGGUGUAUGGUAAGCAUUGGAUGUGAAAAUAUAGGAAGUGGUUGAAAUAUCUAUUAUCUUACAUUACAUGUGUGAUUGUAUAAUUGAUUGGUACUAUACUAUUGCUGCUUCUGGCAUGGUCCCUGUGUAUGCACUAUGCAGAGUCAAAGGUUUUUCUUAUUUCAUUUUUCUUCUUUUAUCAUAAUAUAAAUAUAAAUUAAAGAGAUAAUUUUACAU